AUGGCAUCUCAAGCAUCGUCAACAAGUGCCCCGACGGCAAGCUUCACUCCAGCUUUGCCACCACCGGCGGGCGUCAUCUCCAACCCAGACAACCCCGAGUCCCUUGCCUUUCUUGCAACCAUCACGAUUUCAAUAUGUUUACCCCUCGUCACAGUCUUCUUUUUCUUGCGGUUCUACGUGCGUCUUUUCAUUAAGCGUACGUGGAUCUUCGAGGAUUAUCUCGUCACUAUUGGCUGGGCCGGCACGGUCUCAUACUGCGGUAUCAUGCGGGCGACCAUGUCUCACCACGGAGGUGAGCAUGGUUGGGAUAUUACCAAAGAACAAGCCGUGGAAGCAUACUACUGGUUCAACGUUGCCGCCAUCCAUUACGGCGUGAUGAUUGCAAUCGCCAAGCUCGCCGUUCUCUGGCUCUAUCGCAGGGUCUUCGCCCCAGCUAGACGCAGUGUACUGGAAAUCGGCAUUCUGAUCCUCAUCGUCCUCACGACCGGCUUCUACGGAGUCACCACCUUUGUCAAAAUAUUCGAAUGCACUCCACGCGAUAGGAUCUGGAACAAAACAAUUCCUGGGAAGUGUGUCGAGAUGAAAUGGAUCCUCAAUAUCAGCGGUGGCUUCAACACGGUCACCGAUUACAUUAUAAUGUUUCUGCCUGUUCAUGCGGUUUGGAAGCUACAAAUGAAUCGGACGCGAAAGGCGCUUGUCGUUCUUGCUUUCACUUUUGGUCUAUGUGCACCCAUAUUUGCCACGAUUGGCUUCGUGGUUCGGCUUAGAAACAGUGGAAACACAGACAAGACCUGGAAGCAACCAGAAAUCCUCCUCUGGGGGGCCGCCGAGCUGACAUCUGGCAAUCUUUGUGUCUGUUUCCCAGAGCUGGCUGUCCUCUUCCGCAAGCACCUCCGCACGAGGGGAUCAGCGCCUCGCCGACCGACGGCGUCCGAAAUCGCCUCGGCAGUUAAUGGCUGGGACCCGAAACGUAGCCCGAAAGGCCAACAUUCCUAUAUCCCGAAGAGUCUUAUGAACACGAAUUUCACCGUGAAUGGCGAGGCGAAUUAUAUCGAGCUACAGGAUGGAGUGAACAGCGUCCAUGCUAGCUCAACAAAGCCUUCACCGCCCGCAACAACAGACGAGAGAGCGGUAUAG